AAUCAAAUCCUUUUUAUUCUCUCUCUCCCUCUCUGUUGCAAAGACGUCGAAACACACGUCCGACCCACGCCACUGCCGACUUUGUACAGACCGCCGCCGGUUGCUCAGUGCCAUCCGUCGUCGCCGGUAGUCGACCGCCCGCCGUCCGUCGCAGCCAGUCGCCUGUGAGACCCCUGCCGAAUCCUUUUCUCCCUCUCGUUUUCUCUUUCUCAUCGUUCUCUCUCUUUUCGAUCAGUCUCCCCCAGCAUAGUUCAUCUUGCCGAUUGUUCUCUGUCGUCCGCGCCGCUAUCCAACGCUGCCCCUGCUCGUCGCCGGUCGCAGAUUCCGUGGGUUACGUUUUGGAUUUUAGAGGUGAUUUUGGCUGCUGAAUACGUUUGGGUGACGUUUGGUAAGGGCAAGGGCAUCUGAGGUGGCUAACGGGAGGUUGCAACGCUGGCAUGAGAAUGGAUUAGUUGAAAGUCGGGUUGUUACAAGAGUCAUGGAGGCGAGAGACGGGGCUAGAGCUUCAGAGGAGAUGGCCCUUAAUGGAGAUGGCCUUUCAAUUCCUUUGGGUGGGCCUAUAUAUGCACCCAACUUGGUUGGUCCUCUUACCAGGGUCUCUCACUUUGAGUCUUCUCUUAUUCAAGAACUUCAGAGUCUGGAGGCAGCGUUGCACUUGGAUUCAUCUCAACUAUGUGAUGAUGAUAUAUCGAUUGAUGGGCUUAAGGUGUUUACUGAAGAACAGUUAUUGAAUAUGGCUUUGGAGGAAUCAUUGCAGAGUGAUGAGAAUGCUAAUAACCAGCUGGAGCUUCCAGAAGAAAACUUGAAUGCUGGGGUGAUCAGAGAAAAUGAAGAGGAAGUUAACGGGCACAAUUUGGAGGCUGCUCCUGCAUCAAAUGCAAGUAGAAGCAUGAAUAAAAUGACAAGAAGGAAGCGAAAACAGGAGGAACAUUCUAAUAUUGAGGAAAAAUCUAUGGCAAAGGUGGCUGAAAUUGCAAAACUUAAACAAAAGCAAGAUGCAGACAGAGCUGUAGUCAAAUUACAUGCUUUCAAGUGGAAGAAGGAAAUUGCCAGUUCAUCGUCAGAGAGCAAAGAGAGGUUGAAGUCCUUGAGGUCUACGAAUUUUUCUACAAAGGUUCCCCAUGUGAAAUCACUGAGCAGUGGAGAACACGGAACUCUGCGGCAUCCAACGACUGUACUUUUUGUAGAGGUUUACCAUAAAUCUCGCAAGAUGGUGAAGACUCAAGAGCUUUUGGUCCUUGGACAACAAAAGUUAGCAGAACUGAAGGACAAGAUUUAUUGCUCAACGGACACAUUAAUGGAAAAGGCUGGGCAGCAGGAUUCAUCUGGAUAUUUCCUCAUAGAAUUUGUUUAUAUCCAGGAUGUAUUCUGCAAUGAUUUGAGGAAUCCUUCCGCAAUAGAUUAUAGCAAACCUAUAUUUGAUUGGCUUAAAAAUUCAGAGGAUGAAGCUCGUAAGAAAUGGGGAUGCAUCAUAACUGGUGAAUCGCAACAGAAAAGUUCAGUUGUUGACGAAGUAUCGGUUUCACAUGUACCUCAUUUCAGAUCAGUCAACAUGAACAAGGUUCGAUUUUGUGACCUGAAAUUUAGGCUUGGGGCUGGGUAUCUGUACUGUCAUCAGGGAGAUUGCAAGCAUACCAUAGUGAUUAGAGAUAUGAGGUUGAUCCAUCCUGAGGACGUACAUGAUCGUGUUGCUUAUCCAAUCGUUACAUUUCAGCUUAGGACCCGAGCUCGGAAAUGCGAUGUCUGUAACAUUUACAGGGCUAAAAAGGUUACUCUUGACGACAAGUGGGCACAGGAAAACCCUUGCUACUUUUGUGAAGACUGCUAUUUUCUUCUUCACUACUCGAAAGAAGGGAACCUCCUUUACAACGAUUUCGUUGUGCACGAUUACUUGCAAGAUUAGGUGGCUAGCUAUAGCUAGGUUAUUUAAGAAUGCUUCUCACUGAUGCUCAAUUCACAGAUGAAAUGCCUUCGGUCAUUGAGAUUCAUUCAGCAGUUUUGAUGAUGUUGAGUUGGUCCUGUAAGUAGCCACAGUCCAAUCAUCUUGGCUGGUGCCACGGCUUCAGAAUUAGAGGCCAAAGGUAAAUAAUGGUUACAAUUUUAUUUUAUUUAUUAUUAUUUUUUUGGGUUGGUUGUCUUGGGGAACUGUUAUAUUGUGUUUUUAUGAAAGGAAAGGUAAAUUAUUUUCCUAGGGUAGAAUACAAAAUUGUUGUUGCUUACCUUUUCCAGUUUGGAUGUAAAUAUGACUUUAUUAUUCUUAGAAAAUCAUAAAUAUUUGGAGUUUAGAUAA